CGAAUUUGUUUGUGCGGCCAAAAAAAAGGAAAAAAAUCUGCGGAAAGCCAAUCCAAAAACGCAAACCCUUAUAAUUCGUUUCGGUUCAAGUGUGCAGAUAUUAAAUAAUGUAUGUAAAUUUCCAACCGGUCAAGGGAUAAUGCCAAACUGAUUAGUGGAAAAGUGCGUUUAGAGAAGUCGCAGGCUAAAAAUCGUGACAACAACCAGCCAUUGCGAAACAAUUUAAAUCAAAUUCAUGCAUAAAUAAUUCCCUCGAAAGAACCAAAAAUGCGCGCAGUGCCAAGUGUAAAAGAGUUCUGAGCCGGAAAGUAGGCAACGUCGGUCGCGCCAGGAUCAAGGAUCCCUGCAGUCACUGCCCGCAUAAGCACCUCGUCCAUACACACACACUUUCACCUCGAGGGCUGGGCCACCAUGAGCAUGAGCCGGCCCUGCAGCCGCUCGCUCGUCCUGCCGCUGUUCCUGCUCGUCGUCCUGCUGUCCGCACUGAAUGGCCAAGCGGCAGCGGCAUCCCGCGUCCGCGUCAGCUCCUCGACGACAAUGACACGCAACAUUGAGGAGGAGAACGCCUUACUUUUACUUCUAGCUGGUCCUCCUGUGCUAUCCGAGUCCAUAAUGGGCACUGUUGGCCGACUGCCCUGCAACGUCACCCCGCCCAUCUACGAGGAUCGUGUGGCACUGGUCAUCUGGUACAAGGUCGGCCUAAAGACACCCAUUUACAGUGUGGAUACACGCGACUCCAACUUCGCCCAGGGCACGCACUGGUCGGAUGAGACCUAUCGGGAGCGCCUCUCCUUCUACGUGGAGGGACGUGCCGGCACGCUGACCAUCAAGUCAACCACCGAGGACGACACCGGAGAGUAUCGGUGCCGCGUCGACUUCCAGAAGAGUCCCACGCGUAACUCCAAAGUGAAUUUAACUGUCAUAAUUCCGCCCGAAUCCGUGAUUAUAUUGGACAGCAAGGGGGCCACCAUCAAGGAUCACACGCUGGGGCCCUACAACGAGGGCUCCGGCAUCAACAUCACGUGCGUGGCCAUCGGCGGUCGCCCGCAGCCAAGGGUCACCUGGCUGCAUGGGAACACCGUCUACAAGGAUGCCAGCGUGGGCCAUCCCCUCUCCGAGCGACGCGUGGCCAAUGUGCUGUCCCUGCCUCGACUGGAGCGACGGAAUCUCCACAUGCAGCUAACGUGCCGGGCGGAGAACAAUAAUUUGACAACGCCAAUUAUCAGCAGCGUCGUCCUCGACAUGAACCUGCGUCCUUUGAUUGUCAAGCUGCAGGGGGAGAAUCGACCACUGUCGGCGGGGAAUUCUUAUCAGCUCAGCUGCGUUGUCAUCGGAGCACGUCCAGCGCCGACGAUUACCUGGUGGAAGGGCAGUACCCCCAUGAAGAAUACUCACGAGAUUGCGAAUCCGGACGGGAAUAUGACCACCUCGGUGCUGACAUUCACUCCAACCAUCGAUGACCGCGGCAAGUUCCUGUCGUGCCGCGCCGAGCAGAGCAUGAUACCCGAGUCUGGCAUGGAAGAUGGCUGGAAAUUGGACAUCUAUCACAUACCGGUGGUGAGCCUGGAGCUGGGAACCAAUUCCCUCAACUCGACGCUGCGCGAGGGCAUCGAUGUGUUCUUCGAGUGCAACAUCAAAUCGAAUCCGUGGAUAUACAAAGUUAGCUGGCGGCACAAUGGCGAGAUUCUGGCCAACAAUCCCGCCGAGGGCAUCGCCGUGUCCAACCAGAGUCUGGUGCUGCAGAAUGCCAGCCGGGCGAGGAGCGGCAUCUACACCUGUGUGGGCAGCAAUCGGGAGGGCGACGGCGAGAGCAAUCCCGUCCAGCUGGACAUACGAUUUGCGCCCGUGUGCCGACCUAUUCAAAAGACCACUUACAGCUCGGGCAGGCAUGAAACCGUUAAGGUGGCCUGUGAAAUUGAUGCGAAUCCCUCGGAGGCCACCUACGUCUGGAAAUUCAAUGCAACGCAGGGCGAAACCGUGGACAUACCAGCCUCGCAGGUGGCCGUGGAUCGGGGACGCAGUAUUGCCCACUACACACCAAUGACGGAGAAUGACUACGGAACGCUGCUCUGCUGGGCCACCAACGAAAUUGGCGAUCAAAGUGAACCCUGCGUAUACACAAUAACCCCGUCAGGCGAACCGGAUCCGCUGCUGAACUGCACGGUGCUCAACCAGACAUCGACGGGAUUCCAAAUCGAAUGCAUCGAGGGGUUUGACGGUGGCCUGCAGCAGGACUUUAUAAUGGAGGUUUACAUGAAUGGAACGACACGCAAUCCCAAAAUUUCCAAAUCAAAGCGACCGUACUUUGAGGUGAGCGGCCUGGUGCCGGGCCUGGGCUACAAUGUCUUCCUCAUCGCCCAGAACGGCAAGGGCCGUAGCAACGCCACCAUUUUGCAGGUCUACACGCUGAAGGAUCCGGAGAAGCAGACGGUUAAAAUAACAUUCACUAAGUCCUAUCAGAGAUUCAGGCCAGCUUUUCCCAAGCCCAAGGCUACGGCCACCACCACAAGCGACUGCAUUUGCGAUGAGGAUGAGUUUCUGAACCUGGGCAAGGGGAUAAGCCACGACGAGGGCAAGGACGUUGACCAGCAAGAAGACCUCUCGCUGGCCUAUGCGCCCGUCAUCGAGGACAUCCGGCCAUUCCUCGGCAUUCUGGCCGGCAUCGUGGGCAGCGUUUUCCUGGUGGCCCUCAUCAUUGUGAUUGUGGUGCGUGUGCGCGGCUCCUCGGGGCGCGAUCGCAAUAAUUACUCGCAUCCGGGCAGCGGCGUCGUUGUCGGCGUGUCCGGCGCCACCGGCACCGGCCCCGGGUGCGGUGGGGGUGGCGGCGUGGGCGGCACCACGGCCAAUGGCAAUGGCAGUCUGGGCCUGCUGGCCAGCAACAACAAUGGCAGCCUCGUCAUCGGCACACUGGGCCACAAUGGCGGGCAAUCAGUGCAGGACAUGCAUCGCAUCGGCCGGGAGACAUGCCACGUGACGAGUAGCCUGGACAGCAUCGACAAGAAUCCGGACAUCAUACCGCAAGACGGUCACGACGUGGACGAUGAGUGGACGACGAAGGGUCAUGGCCGGGCCUACGCCACCGCGGCUCUGGCCGAGCAGAAUGCCGUGAUUAACUCCGGCACCUAUGAUCACCUGAUGCCCACGUACGCCGUGGUGGACAAGAAGACUGCCCCGCCCCCGGGCCACGGUCCCUACAUCCAGUACAACACGCUUAUCCCCGUUAGCAAAAUGGGCGCUUACGCCAAUCAACAGCAGCAGCAGCAGCAGCAGCUCCAUCAUCAGCAGCAGCAGCAGCAGCAGGCGCCGCAACAGAAGACUGAGCUCAGCUAUAGUGAACUCUCUGCCCCUCUGGUGGGCAGUGCCGUGGGCGUUCAGCGGAUGGCCCCCUAUUGCAGCGCGACCUUGGGACGGCCGGGCAGACAGGCGGAACUGAAGAGGGCCGAGCCGAACAUCUACUCGCAGGUAAAUGUGAUGAUGGACGACGAGAUCCUGGCCGACCUGCAGGCGGCCACAGCUUCCGGCAGCAGCUAUGUGGCCGGGGCCGUGGUCGACAAUGUGGGUGGCGCCGCCAAUCUCUACGUUCAAGGAUACGCGACGCGGAUCGAUCUGGCCCAUCAUCCCAUGCCCAUGUACUCGACGAGCCCGAUGUUUGGCACGAACACCACCAUCACCGGAGUCACCAUGUCACAUCCAUCACAAUUGGCCACCUUCUCGCCGACGCCGCCGCCGCCCAUCUUCGCCCACAGCGUGGUGACCACCAGCGAUGGCCUCCUGCAGCCAGUGACGUGCAUGGGUCUGGUGGCAACAUCUUCGGCAACGGCCUCGGGCCCCAUGCCAAUCCCCCAGCAGCAACAGCAGCAGCAGCAACAGCAACAGCAGCAGCUGACGGCGGCCAAUGGCGGAAACGGAAGCAUCGUCGGCAUGGGCAUGAGCCUUUAUGGCAGCGAUGUGGGCAAGCCACAGCUGCUGAAGACCGUUCCCGAGGAGCUGCACCAUCAACUGAACGGCGAGGAUGUACUGAUCGCCCAGAAUCGCGGUCUCGGAGUCGGAACACGCUUCUGACGCUAAGCUCGCACCCAGGAGGAGGAACUAAUCUAAAGUCAGAAGAGCCAACCACACAGGAAAUGCAAAUCAAAAGAGCGUACUAUGGAAAGCUAGCGAAAAAUCGGGGAAUAAUUGGUAAACAAAUUGACUAUAAGUUGUAUGUGAUGAGGGCAGAGCAGGAAGCCAGCUUAAUCGGAGUUGAUUUUAAAGGAGCUGAGCUGCGCGGAAAGAGCAACCUUAGUUGGCACUUUUUUAACAAAUCAAACAGAAUUAUAUGAGAUGGGAAGAACCUGUAAAAAGAAAACAAUAAACAGUGCUUGCCAAGGAUUCGAAGCGAAUGCGAAGCUCGACAUUGAAAUUCCAGUAGGCCUAAGCAGACAUGUGUACAUUAUGGAAUACAAUUAACAUGGACAGCUAUAAUUACGACUAACAUUAAAGCGAAGACACUGAAUUGUUAAUAUAUUUUUAAACAACAGCUUUAAGCGCCAAACGAGAUGGAGAACUUUUAGCUAAGUAAACGAAUUCAUAAUUGUUGUUGACCUUAGUUCGAGUGACCUAACUCCCAUUACCAUUUAGCUUGUAACCUAGACUUAACUACGGCAUUUACCACAUCUAAAUCAAAUUCAUCUAGCUGUAAGCUCCAACUUAGCAUAGUUCAAAUUGUAAUUAAAAAAUCAUAAAGAAUUUAAACAAACCCUAACCCUAAGCCGACUAAAUAAUGAACGAUUUAUAAACGACUCUAAUUAGCAGGCCACGGCUCGCAUUUUAUACGUAACAAAGUAUGAGAAGUGGAAAUCCAAGGGGGUUGGCUGAAUAACCCGGAAAUUCCAGGAAGAAAUGAACUCUAGCUUAAGACAGCUUAAGCAUAAAAAAAUGAAUAAAUUAAAAAUCUAAGG